AUGUCUGAUAUAGAAAAAGUUCCCACUGCUGAAGUUAUAAACUCAGCUGGAUCUGAAAGUGCAUCCCUUGGUUCUGAUGAUCAAAGAGUCGCUGAACAUGGUUAUAAACCUGAAUUACGUCGUCAUUUCUCAAUUUGGUCAUUAUUAGGUGUUGGUUUUGGGUUAACAAAUUCAUGGUUCGGUAUUUCUGCUUCUUUGGUUACUGGUAUUUCUUCUGGUGGUCCAAUGUUGAUUGUUUAUGGGAUCAUGAUUGUUGCAUUCAUGUCUACUUGUAUUGGUAUUUCAUUAUCUGAAUUAAUUUCUGCAUUCCCUGAAAAUUCUGGUGGUCAAUAUUAUUGGACUUUCCAAUUGGCUCCAAAGAAAUAUAAAAGAUUUUGGGCUUAUAUGUGUGGUUCUUAUGCUUGGUUUGGUGCUGUUUUCACUUCUGCUUCAACUACCUUAGCCGUUGCAUCUGCCCUAGUGGGUAUGUAUGUCUUAAGUACUGGUGAUCCAAAUCGUGAAGUUCAAAGAUGGCAAGUUUGGUUAUGUUUUGAAGUUUUAAAUAUCUUCAUUAUGGUUUUCAACAUUUGGGAUAAACCAUUACCAUAUAUUUCAUCAGCUGCCUUAUAUACUUCAAUUGGUUCAUUUGUUGUUAUCACAAUCACUGUCUUGAUUUGUUCUCGUGGUAAUUAUCAAGAUGCUUCUUUUGUUUUCACUGAAUUUAAUAACAAUACAGGUUGGAAUUCCGCUGCUAUUGGGUUCUUAGUUGGGUUAAUUAAUCCAGCUUGGUCCUUUUCAUGUUUAGAUUGUGCAACUCAUAUGGCUGAAGAAAUUUAUCAACCUGAAAAAUUCAUUCCAAUUUCAAUCAUGGCAACUGUUGCUAUUGGGUUUACAACUUCAUUCUUAUAUUCAAUUUCCAUGUUUUUUUCAAUUAGAAAUUUAGAUGCAAUUUUCGCUUCAAACACAGGUGUCCCAAUCUUGGAUAUUUUUUAUCAAGCUUUACAAAACAAACAUGGUGCACUUUUCUUAGAAUCAUUAGUUGUCUUAACUUCAUUCGGUUGUACAAUUGCCUCACAAACUUGGCAAGCACGUUUAUGUUGGUCAUUUUCUAGAGAUCAAGGUUUACCAGGUUCAAGAUAUUGGUCCAAAGUUAAUAAAACUACAGGUUUACCAAUUAAUGCUAAUGUCAUGUCAUGUUUCUGGGGUUGUGUUGUUGGUUGUAUCUAUAUGGGUUCAACAACAGCUUAUAAUGCCAUGGUUACAGGUUGUAUUACAUUUUUAUUAUUAUCUUAUUCAAUCCCAAUUGUUUGUUUGUUAUAUAAGGGAAGAAAUAAUAUUAAACAUGGUCCAUUUUGGUUAGGUCCAAUUGGUUUAAUUGCUAAUAUAAUCACUUUAUGUUGGACUGUUUUCGCCUUGGUAUUCUUUUGUUUCCCAUUUACCAUGCCUGUUACAGCUGGUGAUAUGAAUUAUGCAGCUGCUGUUCUUGGUGGGUUAACUGUUUAUGCUGUUGCUUAUUGGUUCUUGAGAGCUCAUAAAUUAUUUGCUAAAGAUCAUGAUAUUGAUGAAAAAAUUGAACAAGGGAUCUUGAACUAA